ACUUUCUAAUGUAAUUUUCUUUAUUGAGUUUAAAACGACACUAAUCAUCCUACACCCAAUCAAAUAAUUAGGGUAAGAUUUUUUCCUCAUCUUCAACCACACAAUCAUAUUAAUAAAACCGCCCGAUAAUCUAGCUGUUUCAAUUUUUGAAUGUUUAAGAUUACAAAUAAACAAGAAUACAAACAAUAAAAUUUGUUUCUUGUUUAUAACAUAAUAUUAUUAGGUAAAAACCUGACAUUCACAUUAGUGGUAGGUAAUUAGAAGUUGUCCUAAAAUCCCUCUCCCCUUAUCUUCUCUCCUUUAUAUUAUAUGCAGAUUUACUGUCUACAAUUUCCUUUUCUUUCACCUUACAUUUAACACUUUCCUAAUUUUCCUCUAACCCCACCAAAAAAAAAAAUCAUCAUAUAAUUCUAUUAUGGAAAAUAGAUACUUAUUAAUUUUUAUGUUGUUAAUUACAACAACACUACGUUCCAAUGCUCAAUCUAUUCCAUGUACUAAGUACAAAUUCGCCGCAACCUUAAACAAACCAAAUGGCUAUAGAAAUUGUAUUGAUCUCCCGGUAUUAAGCUCCGCCCUACAUUAUAGCUACAAUCCUUCUAUGGAAACACUUAACAUUGCCUACCGCCACCCCGGUAUGGGACCCGGGGCCUCCUCAAAGUGGGUUGCAUGGGCUCUUAACCCUACCGCGAAAGGCAUGGUUGGUGCACAAUCUUUGGUGGCAUACCGUAGUCCCAAAGACGGGUCCGUUGUGGCAUACACGUCCCCUAUUACGUCCUAUGCGACCACACUUACUAAGGGUGACUUGAGUUUUAAUGUAACGGGACUAAAGGCCGAAAUUGUUAAUGAUGAGAUUGUUAUGGUUGCAACGAUUAAGGUCCCUAAUAAUGGGACGGUGCUUAACCAGGUUUGGCAAGAAGGGCCCCUUUCCGCGGAUGGGACUGCCCAGCAGCAUCCACUUUCGGGGCCUAAUGUUCGUUCCAUGGCUUCCCUUAACCUUCUUUCUGGUGUCCUCGCUCCUACUGCUGGUGCCGCAGGUCUUGGUUCUUCAUGGAAAUAUGCGCAUGGGGUGAUGAAUGUAGUAAGCUGGGGAAUAUUGAUGCCUCUGGGAAUAAUAAUAGCAAGGCAUAUGAAGGCUAUUAUCCCAUCAGCAGACCCUACUUGGUUCUACCUUCAUGUUGGGUGUCAACUCACAGCCUACAUCGUCGGAGUGGCUGGUUGGGCCACCGGUCUCAAAAUCAGCAACGGCUCCCACGAGUUCUUCCACCUAUCCCACAGAUGGAUCGGCAUCAUUCUCUUUUGUAUGGCCACGCUUCAGGUGUCUGCUCUUCUAAUUAGGCCACAUAUAGAACACCAAUAUAGAAAUUACUGGAACAAAUACCAUCAUACAAUUGGGUACUUGAUACUGUCAUUAAGCACCAUCAAUAUAUUGCAAGGUCUCAAGCUUCUCGAUCCUGCUCUAGGUUGGAAGAUUGCAUACUUGGGUGUGCUUCUGGUAUAUGUGGUCGUUGAUGUUGUGCUCGAGUACAUUGUUAACAAAAGAAGGAAGUCCGAUGUUGCAGAUAAGUGAAAAACAGAUGAAAAUACUAGCACAAUACGGAGCAUUUUAGUAUUGUUUAAUAACAAGGACCAUGAACGAACGUAGCACACAAACAUUGAUUUAAGUCUAGUUUAUGUAUGAGCUUUCUUUUCUUUCGUCUUUUUAGGAGAUCGACAUUUUUGAAGCCAUUUUUAGAGGUAAUAAUGUAUUAUUGUAUGGUUAAUUACUUCAUGGGUUUUUUUGUAUUUUUUAUUUUUAUUUUUUUAUAUUAUAUAUGAGUAUAUGUUUAGGUUAAAGACGAUGAUAUAUUAUUCUUUAAUUUGCAAUAGAUUUAAUUAAUUUGUAACAGGUUUACGUUUGUAAUACAUAAAGAACACUUGUUAGGAAAAUAAACUACCUUUAUAGCGACUGGCAAUGCAUGCAAUUAAGUAUCGGUGCAAAAAAAAGUGCAACAACUUGGAGAAUUGUUUGUGAUUCCUAAUUAGGGUAUAAUCAACUUCUUUUUUUUUUUUUUAAUCUAGUAACCUCCAAUUGUCAAGAAUAUCCGAAUAUAUAUCUAAUUUCUAAAUCAACAAAUUUUUUUAUUUAUCUAUUUGAUCAUCGUUCUUACCCACCACAUCAUAGGAACUUUUUUGUGGUCUAUGCAUACAUUCUAAUCAUUUUCUA